AUGUCUCGACCAAGCGUCGCCCCGCGCAAUCUGAGCUUGACGGAAGAGCUGGAGAAGCUGGAGCAAUCCAUCACUCUGACGCUGCAAGAGAUUGAUCACAACUUCAGCAAAGCCCAUAGAAUCGUCACGACGGGCAUCUUGCCGCUGGUGGAACAAUAUGGGGAGCACUCGCGGGCUGUCUGGGAGGCAUCCAAGUUUUGGAAACAAUUCUUCGAGUCCUCUGCAAACGUGUCCCUCUCCGGCUAUGAGGAUCAUGCGAACGGCAACGAAGACGAGACGAGCGCCGUGGAAGAUAGCAGCGCCAUGCGAGACGAGAUGACAAUUGAUGAGACGGCCGAUGCCCAGGACGAAGCGACGAGAGUUAGCGCCGCUGGAAACCACUCGGCGAUGCAUGGAGAAGAGUCGAUGCUGGACGACGCCGAGCUGGCAGGAAGCACGCCCCGUCCCCCUGCGGGCAAAGCGAAAGCCAACAUGUCCAACUUGGAGUCGCCCUAUGAGGCCAUGCGGCGGGAGAUGGACUACGAAGAGGGCGGUACGAUGGCGCCGCACCAGGACUCGGACGAGGAGAUGGACUCGUCCGUCAUAUUUGCGCAGCAUACGGCACGCUUGCCGGAUAUUUCAACAACACCCAAGGGUCUGGCUACUUCUCAAAGGGGGGCUGAAUCGGCUCAGCGACAAAAGGAUCCGCUGCUACAUCGCGUUCUCGACAAGACUUAUCGCAUACAGGCUACACCUCACAAGACAAGCAGUCGGAUCUCACCCGUCAAAGGCAAGCAGCCGGCGGCGCCUCAACAGCAGCAGCAGCGGCAGCAGCAGCAAGAUGUGAAAAUGGCGUGGCAUGACUCCCCCAUGUCCUCCCCGGAAAUUGCCAUCCCAACAUUGAGAAGCGAGGCCUUCAUGACACCGUUCAAGAGCAACGCACGACAGCGCCUAGCAGCGGCGAGCCAAGCUCCGCGAACGCCCGGCGUCAGCGUGCAAACUCCCGCGGCAGCGAAAAAGACGCGGGACGUAUUCGCGGCGGAGAGCGGCGCAGCUUCUGGGAAAAAGGCAGCAUACGAGAUUGACUGGGAGAGCGACGAUGACGACAACCUCGGCAUGAGCCCGCCCAAGACGAUUCAGUUUGCGCUGCCGCCAUCGAAGCUGCUUCAGACACCCGCGCGAGAAGCUAGCAGAAGGAUUGUCGACGAUAUCCUCCUCGAUGCUGGGGCAGGAGUAGACACUUCAGAGUAUAGCCCGUCAAUGGUCAAGAUGAACGAGGACAUUCUCAACGAUAGCUUCUAG